AUUUAAUUUAUCCAGAAUCAUCCACAGAUGAAGAACAAAAGAAAAUCAGAAGUCAAGCAAAAUAUUUUAUAGUGAGAGAAGGAAUUCUGUAUAAGAAAAACAAGAAGAAUCCUCAAAGACCCCUUCGGGUGGUGAAAUCAAAUGAGGUUGAAAUUAUUUUACACAACUUACAUGCCGAUUUGUUGGUGGGACACUUUGGAAUUGAAGCAACCUAUCAUAGGAUUGCUGAGAGAUAUUAUUGGAAUCAAAUGUAUAGUGAUAUAAGGGAAUAUGUCUGGACUUGUGAUGCAUGUCAAUGUAGGGGGGGACCUACUAAGCAUGAAUACUUACAUCCUAUUAAAGUCAGACAACCCUUUGAGAGAUUAGGAAUGGAUAUUGUUGGACCUUUACCUGAGACAAGGAAAGGAAACAAGGCAAUUCCUGAUGCCAAAGCUGCUUUGGUGGUGCAAUUCUUUUAUGAAGAUAUUAUAAGUCAUCAUGGUUGUCCUAAGAUAUUGUUGACAGACCAGGGAACCCAUUUUGUUAACCAAAUGCUGGAUGAACUAUGCAGGGUGAUGGGAAUAAAACACAAAUUGUCAUCAGCAUAUCAUCCACAAACAAAUGGAUUGGUUGAGAGAUUUAAUAGGAUGCUUUGCGAAGCAUUGGCCAAAACAAUGAUUAAUAGUACUACUAGGCAUGAACCUUUUUAUUUGACUUAUGGAAGAGAAGCAAUAUUCCCAAUUGAAUUACAAAUUCCUACAUACUCUACAGAAAUUAGUAGUGAAGAACAAAAAGAAGAAUUACUAUUGAAAAGAGUUUACGAACUCAUUGGGAACUUGCCGGAUAGAAGAGUUGAAGCAGGAGAAAAUAUUUCAAGAACACAAGAAAAACAAAAGAAAUGUUUAAAAAUAAUUUACGAGGAGGAAAUGGAAUAUUUCCUGGAAGUAUUUAAACAAGAGGGUACUGUUGUGAAAUGUCAAGUAUUGUAA